AUGCUAGCACGAAACCUCACUGCUGCGUUUUCCGAACAGCUCCGCGCCGUCAUGAAUAACAAUAAUCCUGCUCCACAACAAGUAUUGGAUGAUAUGGCAGAUCAAAUAAAAAAUCUGCGGGAACGGAUCGAGCCCCCUAACGAGACACCCAAAUCCCGCGAAUCUCAGGAUGGGAACUCGGAGAUGUCACGUUCCAGCAAGAGAAACAAGAGGCGACGGGAGAGACCAAGGACUCACGCAAGCCUCGGCAGAAGUGAUCCUAGAGACAGAGAGUCUAAAACCGCCUCUCAAGAUGCCCGUACUUAUUUAGAAAGCAAAAAGCAUAAGGCAUCCGAAAGCAUCCAGUCGCUGGUGGAUCGACGAAGGGAAGAGAGGAAGAGGGCGCAGCUGGUAGGAUCUAGCCAUCCAGCGAGUCCUGUAACCAUGCCGCGGAACGAAGUUGAGGUCAAAAUCCUCCCUGGAGAUCCUACACCGAUAAUCUCUCCAAUGGCUCCUGAAAUACUAAACAUUCCCAACCCGGGGAAAAUAAAAAUCCCAAAUAUGGCAGCGUUUGACGGAACGUCAUGCCCCGAAGAACACUUGAUGGCGUACAAGAACUUGAUGGUGCUGCACACUACCAAUCCUUCCUUGUGGUGUAAAUUCUUCCCAACUACUCUUACGGGAGCAGCCUUAACGUGGUACACCUCCCUUCCACAAGGAAGUAUCCACAAUUUUGCCCAACUAAAAGGCAAAUUUCUGGGCCACUUUAUAGCCUCAAGAAGGCAGGAGAAAUCAAACUUCCACCUACUAAGUGUCACUCAAUUGGAAGGAGAAUCCAUAUCCUUCUAUCUGAAGAAAUUCCAUGAGGCGAUGCUAGAGGUGACGGAUUUAGAGGAAUCAGUCGCCUUAAACGCCCUUAUCAAUGGAAUGAAGGCUCAAAGGCUCAAGUUCCAGUUGGUGGAAAGCCAGGCACAUGACCCCAAGAGGCGAAAGUCUGACAAGAAAGACGUCGCAACUCCCCACCAAUCCUCGAGGAACAGAGAAGAGCACCAGCCCAGGAGGGAAAGAAAUCACACGCCGCGUCGUCCCGCACCCCCUUCAGAUAUGGGACCCCCGCGUUCCCAUCACAUUUAUACCGCGGCAGGGGAAUCCAGAACACGCAAUUUGUUAGACGGAGGAAACGACCCGAUGUUUAAUCGAAACAGAAGGGAUAUUUUCUUUGCCGUUCCCGACAAGUUGCCAACUCCACCUCCCACUACCACUCCUUCCAACAGGCGCAAUUACAAUUUGUGGUGUGACUACCACAAAGAGCACAGCCAUACCCUCGCCCAAUGUCGCGAACUCAAGCGUAUCUUGUAUCAGCUGGCCGAUGAAGGAAAGCUUUCCAGGUUCCUCAACAAGAGGGACUAUGACACGGGAGGAGGAGCAAACAGAAGGCAGUGGAAUCAAAGACGCGGAUCCCCCAAGAGGGAAGAGGCAAGGCGCGAAGGUUCCCAUACACAAGGGACCAUCAACAUGAUUUUUGGAGGAUAUACCGAGGAAUAUCCUACCGUCCGCGCCGCGAAAGACAGUGUCCAUACUCUGCUGAAAAGACCGACAACGACCGUGACCAGCGGGCCGGUCAUGAAAUUUGAUGCCACGACCUCUUAA